UAAAAUGUGUAACACAGUUGCUGGAAAAGCAAGUUUAUAAACACUCCAAAAUAGUCCACAUUUGUUUGAUAAUUGAAAGAGAAGAAUUCUCCAACACUUGUAAACUAAAAUCAGUCUCUAUUUAUUGACAUAAAAAUACCAUGACUUUUCUUCAAUGCUGGCUCUUGUUUUUGUUUCAGACAUGGAAAGUAAAUUGGAGACUCACGUAGUACUGUUAUCAAGCCCUGGUUUAGGCCACCUUACUCCAGUCCUGAAGCUUGCAAAGCGCCUAGCCACUCUGUCUAAUUCCAAGGUAACCAUCUUCGUUGUUCCUUCACUAUCAGCCGCAGAAUCUCUGGUAAUCCAAUCGUUUAUGAGCCUGAACCUAUGUCGAAUCAUCCUUCUCCCACCACCCGAUAUUUCUCACCUUGUCCAUGCUGAUGCCGCGGUGGUUACUCGAAUAGUUGUUAUUAUGCGUGAAAUUAAACCAGCUUUUUCAUCUGCUGUCUCUGCUUUGAGUGUCCCUCCAACACUUCUUCUCAUUGUUGAUUUAUUCGGAUAUGAAAGUAUGGACAUCGCCGAUCAAUUUAAGAUUCCCAAGUUUGUUUACAUCCCCUCGCAUGCAUGGUUUCUUGCUUUGACUUUAUAUCUUCCGGUUCUCGAUGAGGUUGUCAAGGGAGAGUACGUUGAUGAAAAGGAUGCUUUGUUUAUCCCCGGAUGUAGGCCUCUUCAACUUGAAGAUGUAGUAGAUCCAAUGUUAUGUCGAUCUGAUCAACAAUACUUGGAAUAUUUAAAUAUGGGGAUUAAGAUCCCAAUGGCAGAUGGGAUUUUGCUUAACACAUGGGAGGAGCUGGAACCAGCAACGCUUGAAGCUUUGAGAGAUGAUAAGCUCUGGGGUGGUAUCAGCAAGGCUCCAAUCUAUCCAGUUGGGCCAAUGGUAACAACGCCAAACAGACCAAUUGACUCGAACAAAAGUGAAAUGUUUCAUUGGCUAGACAAGCAACUGAGUGAGUCUGUUUUGUACAUAUCAUUUGGGAGUGAGGGGAUAUUGACAAAAGAGUUGGCUUUGGGUUUAGAGCUAAGCCAACAAAGGUUCAUUUGGGUGGUCCGAACACCAGUUGUUGGAAAAUCCUGUCAUGGGUCAUUUUUCACCGUUGGAAAUGACUGCAAUGAUGAAAGAUUAGCAGGCUAUUUGCCUGAAGGAUUCUUGGGCUGGAGCAACAAUAUGGGACUGAUAAUCUCUGAUUGGGCUCCACAGGUUGAAAUUUUGAGGCAUCAAUCAGUUGGGGGAUUUUUGUCGCACUGUGGGUGGAAUUCGACCUUAGAAAGUAUCACCCAUGGAGUACCCUUGAUAGCUUGGCCCCUAUAUGCAGAACAGAGAAUGAAUGCUACUUUGUUGGUAGAAGAGCUGAAAAUAGCAGUGCGAUCCAAAACAUUGCCAUCAAAGGAAAUUGUAGAAAGAGAGGAGAUAAAGUUGAUGGUGAAAAGGCUAAUGGAUGAUGAAGAAGGGCAUGCAAUGAGAGCUAGAGUCAAACAACUCAAAUUGAGUGGAGAAAAAGCUUGGAAUCACAAUGGUUCUUCUUUUAAAGUGUUAGCUCAAUUAAUGCGUUAAGCUUUGCUUUAUCUAUUAAACUAUAUUCUGAGUCUCUUAAGAAAA